GUCUAUAUCGUGUACAUGGGGGAUCUUCCGAAGGGUGGUGCUCUCUCCUUAUCAUCUUUCCACACUAAUAUGCUACAAGAAGUCGUCGGCAGUAGUAGUGCAUCCAAAUAUUUACUCCACAGCUACAAGAAGAGCUUCAAUGGAUUUGUUGCGGAAUUAACCAAGGAGGAGAUGAAGAGACUGUCUGCCAUGAAGGGGGUAGUGUCUGUGUUCCCAAAUGAAAAGAAGCAACUCCUAACAACAAGGUCAUGGGACUUCAUGGGCUUCCCCCAAAAGGCUACAAGAAAUACUACUGAAAGCGAUAUUGUUGUUGGAGUGCUCGAUAGUGGGAUCUGGCCUGAGUCUGCAAGUUUCAACGAUAAAGGAUUUGGUCCACCACCAAGCAAAUGGAAGGGCACUUGUGAUAGCUCAGCCAAUUUCACUUGCAACAAUAAAAUCAUUGGAGCUAGAUACUACCGAAGUAGUGGAAGUAUACCAGAAGGAGAGUUUGAAUCAGCAAGAGAUGCUAAUGGCCAUGGCACACACACUGCAUCCACAGCCGCUGGAGGCAUAGUUGAUGAUGCAAGCUUGCUAGGCGUUGCCUCAGGAACAGCUAGAGGAGGGGUUCCCUCUGCCCGCAUUGCAGUGUACAAGAUAUGUUGGUCUGAUGGUUGCUUCAGUGCAGAUAUCCUUGCAGCAUUUGAUGAUGCAAUUGCUGAUGGAGUUGAUAUUAUCUCUCUCUCUGUUGGAGGAUCCUCUCCCAAUGAUUACUUCCGAGACCCAAUUGCUAUUGGAGCUUUCCAUUCUAUGAAGAAUGGGAUUCUUACAUCUAAUUCUGCUGGUAAUUCAGGUCCUGAUCUUGCAUCUAUUACAAAUUUCUCGCCUUGGUCUCUCUCUGUCGCUGCAAGUACCAUUGACAGAAAGUUUUUGACCAAGUUAGUGUUGGGUGACAACCAGGUUUAUGAGGAUUCAAUCUCUCUUAAUACUUUCAAGAUGGAGGAUAUGCUCCCUAUCAUUUAUGCUGGAGAUGCACCAAAUAAGGCAGGAGGUUUCACUGGGUCUGAAUCCAGGUACUGCUACGAGGACUCCUUGGACAAGUCUCUGGUAACUGGAAAAAUAGUAUUAUGUGACGAGACUAGUCAAGGACAGGCGGUACUGGCUGCCGGAGCAGCCGGUACCAUAAUUCCAGAUGAUGGCAACGAGGGGAGAACUUUUUCUUUCCCUGUACCUACAUCCUGCUUGGACACAAGUAAUAUUAGCAAAAUUCAGCAGUACAUGAACUCAGCUAGCAAUCCUACUGCAAAAAUAGAGAGGUCCAUGGCCGUGAAAGAAGAAUCGGCCCCAAUUGUAGCUUUAUUUUCAUCUAGGGGGCCCAACCCCAUUACAAGUGACAUUCUCAGUCCCGACAUAACUGCACCGGGAGUUCAAAUUCUAGCAGCAUGGGCAGAAGCUUCACCUUUGACUGAUGUACCAGGGGAUGAAAGAGUAGCUAAAUACAACAUAAUUUCAGGCACGUCCAUGUCUUGCCCGCAUGCUUCUGGGGCUGCCGCCUACGUCAAAUCAUUUCAUCCAACAUGGUCUCCUGCUGCUAUCAAGUCUGCUUUAAUGACAACUGCUACUCCCAUGAAUGUUAAAACUAACACCGAUCUGGAGUUUGCAUACGGGGCGGGUCAUCUAAAUCCUGUAAAGGCUGCAAAUCCUGGUUUAGUGUAUGAUGCUGGAGCGGCAGAUUACGUCAAAUUUUUGUGUGGGCAAGGAUAUAGCACUGAGAACUUGAGGCUCAUCACUGGAGAUAGCAGCACUUGCACAAAAGCCACAAACGGGACUGUUUGGGAUUUGAACUAUCCUUCUUUUGCUCUAUCUAUUAGUGCUGGAGAAACCGUUACGCGCACUUUCACCAGGACGGUCACGAAUGUUGGAUCACCAGUCUCCACUUACAAGGUAAAAGUGACUGCCCCACCAGGACUCACGGUUAAAGUUGAGCCACCUGUCCUUACAUUCAAGUCCGUCGGCCAGAGGCAGACCUUCACUGUCACAGCUACUGCAGCAGGCAAUGAAAGUAUUCUAUCAGGGUCUUUGGUGUGGGAUGAUGGGGUUUUUCAAGUAAGAAGCCCCAUUGUUGCUUUUGCUCCUGCAUUUAAGUAAAAUUUCCUGUCCUCAUUGAUUAUUAUUAUUUUUAUCUCUGCUAAUA